AUGGACGUCGCUGUAAAGUAUAGCCCACAAAAUGCUCAUUCCGUAGCAGAUAGGUACGAAGUGGAGGAUGUUGCUACAGUUGGAGCAGGUGAGUACCCCCCCUCUGCUGCGUGUAGCCAACUAUGGGACAUCUGCCCCGUGGUUUCGAGCCAACUUCCGACAGAAUUAUGGGAACACAUAAUCGAUUUCAUUGCGGACGACCACAUCUACCACAUGCGACGACUUGGCCAAUUUGGCAACUUUGGGUCGUUUGCUGUGCGCAUGGUGCAAAAGCUGCCCCGAGUCGAUAUUCUCAGACUCUCGCAUUGCCAAUGGGAGGCUGGACAACUGCACGCGCAAGUCUUCCUCCAUGUCACUCUCACAUUUGGGUCGGUAACCAAGCUCGAACUCUUCGACGUGAGCUUCCCGUCUGCGGUAGUGUUUUGGCGGCUCCUGAGUGCUCUCCCCCGCCUCUCCUCUCUCGAUUGCCGAUUUGUGGAAUUCAAGAGGGACUGCCACGUUUUGGGUGCGGUACGAUUGCCAGGCUCUCUUAGACUCGACGUCGCCCAUCUGGAUGACUGCGAUGGCGUGUUUGACUUCCUUACGUCGAUCAGCGUUCGCCUUCGGCAUCUCAUCUGCCAUGGACGCCACCUGAGGAAGCAUUUGAUGCUACUCUUUGUGUCCUCCGAAUCGCUCUUGUCUCUGGAGGUUCGGGACAUUCACGAAGCCUCCCCACUCAAUCUCACGCCCGCUUUCAACUUGCGUGUCCUGGCGUUUGAUGGCGAACUGAAAGACAUCGCCAAGGCAGCCGGUUUCCUGUCUCGCACGUCUUUGCCCAAGCUAGUUGAGGUCACAAUCAGCUCGCGGCCAUUCCCUCAGGGAACACUUGUUUCCGUCGAGAAUAUAUUGAAUGGUAUCGACGAUGAUUGCUUUCAACGGAUGGACCACGUCCUCUCUGACCAUCAAUUUCUUGCUCUCCGGAAAGUCACGCUUCUCCUUCGUUGCUCUGCCGAGGAUUCCAGCGAGGCGAUGGACGUUAUAUCUGAAGCUUCCUGGCGCACGCAGCUCUCGUCAAGGCUUCCAGCACUGCAUGCGAGUGGUCGCCUCCUGUCUUCUGUAACCGUGAUUGUCUGUGGUCCUGGUCCUCGACUUUGGUAG